CCUAAUUAUUGCUUUUCGUCUUGUAGUCAACUUGGCGCUUUCUUGCUUCUCUUUACACAAAGAACACAACCCUUCUCUGUUCUCCCAGUGAACCUUCUGCUUUUCCUUCUCUUCAUCUUCCAAUGGAGGAAUCCGACGACAAAGAUUCCUUUAAUGAGCCGCCGCCGCCUUCUCUUCCCCCGAACUACGUUACGCUGACGAUGCUCAAGGAGCGGUGGCUGCAGAAGAAGCAAGAGGAGGAAGAAGCGAAACUUAAUAAGCAACAGAACAUGGAGCACGAAGCGAAAGAGGAAAGAGCGGGCGGGUCUAGGGAUGUGAUUACGCCAACGACCCGGAACCAGAAUCGCGGGAAAUCUGGGCCUGCUUAUGUUCCUCGCCGUCGCCAGCAAAUCGCGAGGGAUCGGCGCGGAGGUGAAAGCUGGGUGAGGAAGCACGAGGAGCCGGAGAGCAGUGGCUCGGUGGUAAUUGGGGGAAACCAGGAAAUAAAGGAAAAGAAGCACUGGGAAGGAAGAAAACCUAGGGCUCCACAGAAUGUGAAGUAUCCGGAAAAUGUGGCUGAAAAGGGGGAAAUUCCAACGGUUGUGAGUGAGGAGAGUAAUGGGAAAGGGAAAAGUGUUGAGGAACUUCAGUUGGAUGGUGAUAAUGGAGGUGUGGUUUCUGAAAAUGGGGUUGAACGGGAUAGCAGAAAGGGUUUUGGGGGAGAACGUAGAGGAGAAAGGAAGGAAUGGAGAGGUGGCUUUAAGAGACAUGGGAACGGUAGGAUGAAUUCUAGGGUUCACAAGCAGGUAGGAGAAUUGGAAGAGAAUGAAAAGAAAGAAGAGGGAGUUGUUGGAGGAGCUGAAGAAAGAAAGGAAAAGGCUGAGAAGGGGAGACAAAGUGGUAUAGGACAGUCUGCAGUGAAGAUUGAUAAGAGUUCUCAGGAUUUGUUGUUGGAUGAUAGAAAAGAUGCCAAUGUGAGUGUGAGGGUAAGUGGUCAGCAACUGAGCAUGAAUUCUAAGGUUCACAAGCAGGUAGGAGAGGAAGAAAAGAAAGGGGCGGAGAGGGUUGUUGGAGUGGCUGAAGAUAGAAGGGGAAAGGGUGAGAAGGGGAGACAAAGUGGCAUAGGACAGUCGGGGGUGAAGAUUGAUAAGAGUUCUCGGGAUUUGUUGUUGGGUGAUAGAAAAGAUGGCAACAUGAGGAUGAAUUCUAAGGUUUACAAGCAGGUAGGAGAAUUAGGAGAGGAUGAAAAGAAAGCAGAAGAGGGGGUUGUUCUAGUGGUUGAAGAUACAAAGGAAAAGGGUGAGAAGGGGAGACAAAGUGGUAUAGGGCAGUCGGCUGUGAAGAUUGAUAUGAGUUCUCAGGAUUUCUCUUUGGAUGAUAGCAAAGAUGGCAAUGAUAGAACGGGGGUAAGCAGUCAGCAACAGAGCAUUAAUUCUAAGGUUCACGAGCAGGUAGGAGAAUUUGGAGAUGAGGAAAAGAAGGUAGAGGAGGGGGUUGUUAGAGUGGCCGAGGAUGGAAUUAAAAAUGGUGACGAGGGGAGGAUAAGGAUUAGAACUUGUGCAGGACCUUGGGCUAAUAAUAUUGAAAACAGAUUCAGGAAUGAUAAUAGAAAAUAUGGCAAUGUGAGAAGGAUAAGUGGUAGUGCUGUUGGUCGGCAUGGAUAUGUAGGUGGUUACGGAAGGACGGCUCGACAAAGGGUUGAGCAGGUAGAGAAUCGAUUAAUGUGGGUGAAGAAGGGAGAAAAUUCCAGUGGCAAUGUUACCGAGUUCAAUUCUCAGGUUCAUCUGUGAAGGACAUAGUAACAGAACCAAUGAAGCUGUAGACAGCAGGAGAAAAGAAGAGGACUCACCAAAACAUGUGAUGUUAGUUCAGUAGGUGACUUUAGAAUGCGUCACUGGUCUCUUCACCAGGCAAGAAAAUGCUUCGGCAUUUAAGAAAUGCUGGUUAAUGCUUUAACCUCAUGCUCAACAUUGUUCAAGUGAUUGCAUUAUAAUAAUCUGAAUAUACAAACUUGAAAGAAUGCUUUUAUUUAUUUAUUAAA